ACUGUGCCAUUUGCCUACCCCAACCUGAAAAUAUUCACCAAUAAGUUAUCCGAGAGUUUUGCAGGGGAUCUUCUUGCAAAGCAGACCCUCGUCAAGUAUUCGCCAACACAAGCGUACUGUGUCUAUUCGGACUGUAGCGAUAGUGGGAGCAUUCCCGGUGACAUUGGCAGACCAACUUUUUAUAAACCCUUUAGUAGCCGUGCCGAAUUGCCAAGAUUCACUGAACGGGAAAACCGCCGGCUUCUGCCAAUCUACGUGCAGUUCCAUACAGUUGCUGAGGCGAGACCAGCUGAAGCACACCUCAUUGACCGUCUUUCCGAAAACGCCCUCGGCCGAUUCAAUCUCGAACUCAAGAAGAACGUCACUCAUGAUUCAUUUGAAUCAGAUUCCUGGAGGGACGAAGCCGGCUUCAUCGUCACUGACCGUAAUCGUUUCGCCUAUGUGACAUUCAGCGCCUCCUCUCUACUCUCAUCACUCACCCCUUCCAACGGUAAGUGCCACGAACAAAUAAGCAAAUGUACGGCAGCAGAUUUGGAUGCACUUUGCGAUUUCGACCAUUCCGUGUGCGGAUUCAGUAGAGAUGAAGCUUACGUCGUCGCCAAUUCCACGGUGUACGUCGCCAAAGGAGAUGGCUCCAUAAAUGGUAUGCUCGUAUUCGCCCUCUACGCGGAGACGAUGGAAAUUGCACACGCCCUAUUGAAACACUGUAUUGUUGUCAACAGUCUGAAACAGGUGUCAUUCUUCACGCGUGAGGAUGUAUGGGAAUGCAAACCGAUCUCAUCUCGACCUGCUCAUCGACGUCACACUCGGGCCGUUCCAUCGAGUAUCAAGUGGACCAAGGUGUACGCCGUCAACAUGGGAUUCCAUAUCGUUUAG